AUGAGUUCGCAAACAAUGUACGGAUUCUCAAGUCUUACGACUUUUGCUACGCUGGUCAUUACCAUGGCCACCGUACUUGUGUUUUUUGCACUGAAAAAUAGAAAAGUUUUACUGUCCGUCAAAAGUGAGCAACACCAGCUCCCACCCGGGCCUCCCACGCUGCCCUUCAUCGGCAACAUUCACCAGAUGAUGUGGAACAAGCCGGCCGUAUUCCAGUGGAUCCAUCGCCUGCUCCAGGAGAUGGACACAGACAUCAUUUGCCUCCGUCUCGGAGCCAUUCAUGUCGUGGCCGUGACAUGCCCGGAGAUAGCAUGCGAGGUGCUGCGGAAGAAGGAUGAGGUGCUGGCCUCCCGUCCGGCAACCUUUGCAUCGGGUUCGUUCAGCUUCGGGUUCAAGGGCACCAUCGUGACACCACAUGGAGUGCAGUGGAAGAAGAUGAGGCGCGUCCUCACCUCGGAGAUCCUCACCGCGUCCAUGGAGCAGAAACUCCAUCAUCUCCAGCAGGAGGAGUGUGACCACCUCGUGACGUACAUCAACAACACCUGCAUGUCAUGUCCAAACAGCCUAGUCGACGUGCGACAUGUUGCCCAACAUUUCUGUGGUAACAUGAUAAGAAGGCUCGUGUUGGGUAAGAGAUACUUUGGCAGCGAGCUGCCGGGUUCGUCAGCUAGCGGACCCGGACAUGAUGAGAUGGCACAUGUCGCCGCUCUCUUCACGCUCCUCAACUAUCUCUGCAACUUCUGCGUGUCCGACUACUUCCCAGCUCUCGUAGGGCUUGAUUUGGAGGGCCAUGAGAAGGUUUCCAAUGAUGUCAUGGGAAUACUCAACCGGUUUCAUGACCCCAUCAUGGAGAAGAGGAUCAUCGAAAGGUCGAAUCUUCGGAAUGGUGGUGAAAGCAAAGAGGCCAGAGACUUUCUGGACGUCCUGGUUUAUCUAGAUGAUGCAGAUGGCCAACCAUUGUUGUCCGUGGAUGAUAUCCGGGCACAGAUAGUGGAAAUGAUGUAUGCAACAAUCGACAACCCAUCAAAUGUUGUCGAGUGGGCGCUCGCUGAGAUGGUGAACAAGCCAGAGGACCAGGACCAAAAAAAGCAACUGAUGAAAUCAACGCCGUUGUCGGUAAAGAUAAACUAG